CUCCCGCUCUCCCGGAGCUCCGCAGCGGGGCGAGCGGGGCGGGCGGGGCCGGGUGGCGCAGGGGGCGGGGAUUUCUGGCACUUUCUGGGCGCUGCGAACGCUCUGAUCUUGGGCUCGAAGGCCGGAAACGUCGGCGACUGAGCCGUAGCGCCUCCGCGGCCCUUCCUUGUUCUCCGCUGAGGCCGCGCCGCCGCGCAGACAUGGCCAAGUGGGGCCAGGGGGACCCGCGCUGGAUCGUGGAGGAGCGGGAGGACGGGACCAACGUGAACAACUGGCACUGGACAGAGCGGGAUGCCACCAGCUGGUCCAAGGGGAAGCUCCGCGAGCUCCUGGUGGGCAUCGCUGUGGAGAAUGAGGCUGGCCAUUGCGAGAUCAGUGAGCUGAAGCAGGUGGAAGGCGAGGCUUCCUGCAGCAGCCGCAAAGGAAAGCUGAUUUUCUUCUAUGAGUGGAACAUCAAACUGGGCUGGAAAGGUAUAAUUAAAGAAUCUGGUGUGAAGCACAAGGGGUUGAUUGAAAUACCCAACCUGUCUGAAGAAAAUGAAGUAGAUGACACUGAGGUGAACGUGAGUAAAAAGAAAGGAGAUGGGAAUAUACUGAAGGAUCUUAUGAAAACUGCAGGCACCGCCAAGGUCAGGGAAGCCCUUGGAGAUUACCUGAAGGCUCUUAAGACGGAAUUUACAAGGGGAAUGAUUUUACCAACCAAAGCUAUGGCAACCCAGGAAUUGACAGUUAAAAGGAAACUGAGUGAGACUACCUUGCAGAUUCAGGCCUCCUCUCCAGUGGCAUUGGGUGUAAGGAUUCCCACUGUGGCACUGCACAUGACGGAACUGUUUGACACAGCUAUCGAGCAGCUGUACAGAAUCUUCACUGUGAAAGAUUUGGUGCAAAAAUUUUCUAAAUCUCCUGCUGUAUUAGAAGCUGAAAAGGGAAGGAAAUUCCAAAUGUUUGAUGGGAACAUCACUGGUGAAUAUGUAGAAUUGUUAACAAAUAAAAAGAUCGUCAUGAAAUGGAGAUGUAGGAACUGGCCAGAAGAACACUAUGCAAUAGUUGCACUGAAUUUUGUGCCUACUCUAGGGCAGACGGAAUUACAAUUGGACUGUAAAGGAGUUCCUGUCUGUGAAGAAGAGAACAUGAAAUUCUGUUGGCAGAAGCAGCAUUUUGAAGAAAUACAAGGUUUACUGCAGCUGAUCACCCUAAAUGGUUGAGUUAGUUAGUUAGAAGAUUUUAUAAGGGCAUUACUUUUUGUAAGUGGAAAAAGUGUAACGUUUACCUCUUCCCUGUCAUUCCUUUAAAAAAAGAAGAAAACAGAUACUCUUAAUUUAUAUUGGAUGAAAUCCAUGAACUUUUAGAAUUGAAAGCAUUGUUUGAAUCUUUACUAUGAUGACUAGACUCUGCACUGAGUUAAAAGCAAGCAAUGUGAAAUUAAGUAUUUUACCUCCCAUAGGUGCUCCUCUGGGACUACACUGAGUCCCUGAGUACAGAUAGUUGACGUGUCCCAAGCUAAAGCUUGUCCUAGCAAGCUUGCUGUUAGCUGUAAUUUUAGUUGAGGAAGACAAAAAAUAAAUGGCAUGUUAAUACUAUUCCUUUAUUUUACUUCAGGGUUUUUAAGGUGUGUAGCUCUUAGGUCGUGAAACAGUGGCAUGUUGCAUUCAGAAGCAUGCUGAAGUGAGGGCGAGCUGGCUGUAUUGUUGUUAUGCUUCUCCCUGCAGCAGUUAUGCACUUCAGGGUGGUGAGGAUUGAAAAGUCUAUGGAAAAAGGUACUUUUUGGACUGCCACUAUACUUCUAAUGAAAUAGAAUAUAAUGGAUAAGUAAGUAAGUAAGUAUGUUCCCCCAUUCAGUUUUCUCAUUACUUUCAUCUGAGAAGACUUGAAGCAAGGUAUGUAAACAAAUAAAAAGUCAUCACAAUCAGUUUAAUUAAGUGCACAGAAUAGCAAUCAGUCAUGUCAAUAAAAAUAAAACAAUUAUUUUUACAUCAAGUGUGCUUUAUUUCCUCCACAGGUAUUC